GGACAAAGGAAAAAUACUAUGAAACAUCAAUGAAUCUAUUUUGAGAAUAUAGAAGAAAGUUUGAUUAAUAAAUCAAUUUCACAAGUACGCACCAUAAUAAUUUCACUUUUUCUGAACGUAUGAACAAUCGCUUAGCCAUGCACGUGAAUUCCCCUUCCGAAGAAAGCGAACAUCUGAGUGUGUUUUCUAAACAACGUUGGUUAUGUCAUAUGUGACCGACCAACACGCCGGUGGAAGCAUCUUAUGCCUAGUUUGCGAAGCAUGAAUCUUAUUCCAUUAUGUGUUGCCAAGAAACACUUUGUUUGGUCUUUCACAGAUCCUUUAGAACGUGUCUCAUAUAAGUUAAGGUUCCUUUGAGCACUCUUUGAUUCGUAUUUCAAUCUUCGGGACUAGUUUGGUGGGUUGAAUACAAAAAAUGUCCCAUUCGGGUUUGGAAGAAAUGGGCAACGAGAAGAAGAAGGAAGUGAUUCGGAUAGAGCGUGAAUCGGUUAUUCCAGUUUUGAAGCCUCAGCUCAUCAUGGCAUUGGCCAACCUUAUUAUUAUGGUGAUAAAAUUUUGUAGUUUUGAUACAGAUGAAAUAACAUAGAAACAGCUUUCUCCCCACACCCACACCCUCUUCCAAAAGCUGCUAUUUUCUUUGUAGACUUGAGUCGUUUGGGUAUUAUGUGCAGAACAUAGUGCUGACCGAGUUGAAUUUUUGAAGCUCUGCAAGAGAAUAGAGUAUACCAUUCGAGCUUGGUACCUUCUACAGUUUGAGGACAUGAUGCAACUCUAUUCUCUCUUUGAUCCUGUGUCCGGGGCUCAGAAGUUGGAACAGCAGAAGUUACCUCGUGAAGAAAUUGAUGUUCUUGAGCAAAAUUUCUUGACUUACCUAUUUGAGGUCAUGAAAAAAAGCAACUUCAAGAUUGCAACUCAAGAAGAGAUUGAUAUUGCACUUUCUGGACAGUAUAUUCUAAAUCUUCCCAUUACAGUAAAUGAAUCUAAGCUUGACAAGGUUCUUUUGAAAAACUAUUUUGAAGCACAUCCUCAAGAUAACCUUCCAGAUUCUUAUGAUAAGUAUAUUAUUUUUCGGCGUGGCAUUGGAAUUGAUCGAACAACUGAUUACUUUGUCAUGGAGAAAGUGGACAUGCUCAUAGCACGUUUUUGGUCAUAUAUAUUAAGAAUAACCAGGUUGGAAAAGUUUUUAUCCAGAAGGGCAAAAAGGCGUCGUAGGAAGGAUCCCAAGAAUGAUGAUGAAAUUAACUUGGAGUUGGAAGAUUUUCAGGAUGAUGUAUAUGAACGGAUACGUCUUGAAAAAAUGCCAAUAAGUUUCGGUAGUUUGCUGAAAAAGACCACAAUCCAAGAACCUACAUUUGAUAGGAUUAUUGUUGUGUACAGGCCAGCUAGCUCCAAUUCAAAAAAAGAAAGAGGAAUUUUUGUGAAGCAUUUCAAGAACAUUCCAAUGGCUGAUAUGGAAAUAGUUCUUCCAGAAAAGAAAAAUCCUGGAUUGACUCCAAAGGAUUGGGUCAAGUUUCUUGCAUCUGCAAUGGUUGGGCUGGUUGCUGUAGCUAGUUCUCUUCAUGUGGAUUCAGCUGAUUUGAGGGUCAUUGGUGCCGUUCUCUCUACAGUACUUGGAUAUUUGGCCAAGACAUACUUCACGUUCCAACAAAACUUGGUCCAAUACCAAAAUUUGAUUACAAGGUCAAUGUAUGACAAACAACUGGACAGUGGAAAGGGUACACUUCUCCAUUUAUGUGAUGAUGUCAUUCAACAGGAAGUUAAAGAGGUAAUAAUAUCAUUUUUCAUUCUGAUGGAGCAGGGAAAAGCUAAUAGACAAGAACUCGAUCAAUGGUGCGAGGAGCUAAUCAGAGAAGAGUUUGGAGAGAGCUGUAAUUUUGACGUGGAUGAUGCAGUUAAGAAAUUAGAGAAGUUCGGAAUUGUCACCAAGGAUAUCAUUGGCCGGUAUCAAUGCGUUGGGCUGAAAAGGGCUAACGAGAUAAUAGGCACCACCACUGAAGAACUUGUCCUUAAGGCAAGACAGGGGGGAAGCACCACUCCUUGAUGGUGUCACAUAAUCUUAUCCUCAUAAUUUCAGACUCACUGUCUCAUUUUUUAAUUCUUUUUAAAAAUAUUUGCAAUGCUUGAACAACCUUUAGUAAAACACACUUGAAAUUCUAGGCCAACUUCAUUCAUUAUUUUCAUGAAUAUAAUGUAUUGACAUUAUCAGUAGGGAAAUAAGAUUUACCUCAAAUCCCUAAUAAGAUUUGCACUCGUUCACCUUGCCCCAGGCUCACAUGUUUAUGCUUCACAAACGAGACCACAGCAACCAUUCCAAGAUCUCAGGGUCACAUUUCUUAAUAAUAUCUGAAGAGUAGUUUAAAAUAGAUUUGGACACAGUCUAAUUGCUUUUGAACACAAUCUAUUUAUCUAUUUAAAAUCCAAGAAUGCAGGCUGUAAUGUCAUUUCAACAUUUA